UUAGGGUCCAGUCCCCUUAUCAUAAAGUAUCCCUGCUGUUCGCUGCUGCUGUAAACGAACAGGUGCGAGGCGUGGGAAAACCCGCGGAAGGGUCGCGUCAAAUUACCUAUUCAAUUAAGUUGACAUGAUGGUAUCUGUAACUGGUGAUGCAUCAGAGGUGGCUGGACGACCUAGAUUUGCGAGGAGACGUCGAUUAUACUGUACAAAUGGUUUUUAUCUUGAAAUCGGAUACAACGGGGCUGUCAAGGGCACUAGGAACAAGCUUAGUCAGCUUGCGAUUAUGGAGAUAAUCCCACACAUCAAAGGUACAAUCUACAUCCGGGGAUCACACAGCGGUUUCUUUCUGGCAGUCGACAAGCAAGGGAAACUCUACACCACGAAACUAGAGAAUAACGAGUGCGUCUUCACGGAGAAGCUCACGCCUGAUUUCUACGACACGUAUACGUGCGAGCGAUCAAAUGAAACCCGGAUGGUAGGCGUGCUGGCGCGGACCGGAGCAGCGGUAUCUGCCUCUCAGAGCACGCUCAGGAGAUCCAUUCACGGCAGAACGCAGUGUCACACGCAGUUUUUAAGUCAAGAAGUUUACCCGUCAGCCUAACACGCAGUUUUUAAGUCAAGAAGUUUACCCGUCAGCCUAACACGCAGUUUUUAAGUCAAGAAGUUUACCCGUGAGCCUAACAUGCAGUUUUUUAAGUCAAGAAGUUUACGCGUGAGCCUAACACGCAGUUUUUAAGUCAAGAAGUUUACCAUUGAGCCUAACACGCAGUUUUUAGGUCAGGAAGUUUUCCCGUGAGCCUAACACGCAGUUUUUAAAUCAGGAAGUUUACCCGUGAGCCUAACACGCAGUUUUUAAGUCAGGAAGUUUACAUGUGAGCCUAACACGCAGUUUUUUUUAAGUCAAGAAGUUUACGCGUGAGCCUAACACUCUGUUUUUUUUACGACUGUAAGAAGUUUCACAAAAUAUUUGAAUCCUUGUACAACGCAAAGGCACAAAAAUGCAUGAGGAAUAUUUAGGACUUGUUAGUGAUAAAAUCAUUUUUAGAUAAGUAUUGUUACCACAUGGAAAAGUAACAAUAUGGCAGCUGAACAAGUUGCAUAGGUUCAACCUGUAUAAGAGGAUAUAAAAUACAAUAACCAUUGUUUA